UCCAUCUUUUGCUUUGUUUUAAAAGAGGGUUUUCUUUUCUUUUUUUUAACCAUAUUAGGCACCGUCUAUCCAUCCUCUCCACUACUUUCUUUCUCUCUCUCUCUCUCUCUCUCUCUCAAAAAUGGGUGCUGCAAACUGCGAAGAUGAAGACUUAGAAUUCAAGCUGAUUUUUGGAGAGGAGGAAAAAGACCCCCCAACUAUGGGGGUUCCCUUGGAAGACCUGGAGGCAGACACUCUUCCUGGCUACUGUUCGCUUACUCUUGGGGACCCACCACCCUAUGCCUCUCCUCUGGGCAUCCCAUGUCCUCUGCACCUUGGUGGGGGCCGCGCUGGCAUGCACUCUCCUCCGCCCCGCCCUGCCGACUUGGAUGGCGACACCUUUGAGAGCCAGCCGGCCCGGCGGGUACGACUGGGAGGGUCCCGGGUGCUCGAGUGCCCCAGCAUCCAGAUCACCACCAUUUCUCCAGGUCGACGGACAGACGAAGAUGACUGGGAUUCUUCUCCUCGGGACUAUCUCUUGCUGGAGGCUUUUGGGGGUUACCGCGAAGCUGCUCCGUCUUCCGGAUUCUUUACCCCAAGUCCUGCUAGCAGUGGAAGUGUCUCCCCAUGGAGUUUUUUUUCGGAUGACGAAGCCCCCGCUGGGGAUGAUGUGGAACAUGAGCUAAAUGAGGCUGCAGCUCGUUUUGCCCUUAGUUCUCCCUUGGGCUCACCCCGAGCAUCUCCCAAGCCAUGGUCAUCUGCUGAGGAAUCAUGGCCAUCUUACAGUACCAGCUACUCCCCAAGUCGGGGAACAGAGGACACGUGGAUGCUUCUUGGCCCUCGACCAGCUUCCCCCUGUGGCAAGAGGCGCUACUCCAGCUCUGAGACACAUUCUUCCGUGUCUCCGUGCCUGUCCCGGAGGGGCAGUCUUGGUGAGGAGGCCCCUGGGGAGACCUUGGAAUCGGGCAACGAUGUGGCCCCGUUUAAUUGCACCGCAGCCCGGCUGGCGGAAAGCAUUCCUCAAAAAGCUCGCAAGACCUCAACCGAGCAGACAGUGGCAUUGACCCGGAAGGAGGAAGGGAGCUGCAAUGGAGAAGAUGUGGGUGGUGGCCCCAUGGGCAGCGGGGGGCUUGGGAUGGCACGCAAAGAAGGGAUGGAUUAUCUGGCUGUGCCGUCCCCAUUGGCCUGGUCCAAGGCUCGUAUUGGAGGUCACAGUCCUCUCUUCAGAUCUUCUGCUCUUCCACCUCUGGACUGGCCUCUCCCCAGUCAGUAUGAGCAGUAUGAACUGAAGAUUGAAGUGCAGCCUCGAACUCAUCACCGGGCCCACUAUGAAACAGAGGGCAGCAGGGGUGCAGUGAAAGCCACCCCAGGAGGACAUCCUGUGGUGAAGCUUUUAGGAUACGAUGAAAAACCUCUGACCUUACAAAUGUUCAUCGGCACAGCAGAUGAGCGAAACCUACGUCCUCAUGCUUUCUACCAGGUGCAUCGCAUCACUGGGAAAAUGGUGGCCACCACUAGUUACGAAUCUAUCAUUAGUGGAACCAAGGUUCUUGAGAUGUCCCUGCUGCCCGAGAACAACAUGGCAGCCAACAUCGACUGUGCAGGGAUCCUAAAACUGCGUAAUUCAGACAUCGAGCUGCGCAAGGGUGAGACGGACAUUGGGCGCAAAAACACACGGGUGCGGCUGGUUUUUCGGGUCCAUGUCCCACAAGGAAAUGGCAAAGUGGUCUCCAUCCAGACAGCUUCUGUGCCUAUUGAAUGUUCCCAGCGCUCAGCUCAAGAACUUCCGCAAGUAGAACAUUACAGUCUUAGCGCCUGCUCGGUGCAUGGAGGUGAGGAGAUGGUAGUCAGCGGAGCCAACUUUCUGCCCGAAUCGAAGGUUGUUUUCAUUGAACGAGGCCCUGAUGGAAAACUCCAGUGGGAAGAGGAGGCAAAUGUUAAUCGCUUGAAAAGCACAGAGGCUUUGCUGACCCUCACCGUUCCCGAAUACAGCAACAAGAGAGUUUCACGGCCUGUUCAGACAUACUUCUAUAUUUCCAAUGGGCGCCGGAAAAGGAGUCCAGCUCAAGGCUUCAAAUAUUUACCUGUGAUCUUCAAGGAAGAACCACUUCCAGAUUCCACACCCCAUACGAUCCCACACAUCACUCCAAAUGCUCCUUUCCCACUACCAUCAGCACAAGGGGCCAUGGAUUUCUCCCCUUCCAGACCACCCUUCCCUUACAGUCCUGAGCGCUCCCCACCUUGUUCCCCAUAUGGUCCUGACUGGAGUCCUUGCUCGUUCUCAACCCCGCCCCAUUACAGCCCAGCCUUCCGUUUCCCCCCCAGCGAGACCUACAGGGGCAUUAACCUCUCUGUGCCCCGUCUUGCCCCUCCAAACCUGCCCCACCUUCAUACUCUAGAUUGCCGCCCUCCACACUUCCAGCCUCCUAGUCCACAACGCAGUCCUCACCCACCAGGACGGGGAGAAACCCACAGUGGGGAGAGAUCACCAGAAUGGACAGAUCCAGAACUUGGAUCCCAGGAGUUUAGCACCAAGGAACUGGAGAAAUCGGGGUUCAGCAGUGGCUUCCGGGAAAACUUGCCUAUCCAUGGGAUCACACUGGAAGAAGUUACCGAGAUCAUUGGCAGGGACUUAAGUGACUUUCCGGAGCCAUCCUGCGAAGGAGGACAGACCUGAGAAGCUGCCAGAUUCCUGGGGUGCAUAAAGCUUCAAGAAGGCUGGAGGUCGACCCAGAGAAAAUGAAGAUGGCCAAGAUCAUGCAAGCAACAGCUGGGCCAGCUUCUGAGGACUUUCAUAUCGAUGCAUUUGAAUCUGAGUUUCCUCCUUCUCCUUUCUUAUCUUCUGCCUGUGCUUUCUUUCAUCCUUCCAUUAAGGGCCUUGUAAAACUCAAGACAGAUUCCUCAUUAAAUCUUCUGUCCUCCUCCUGUUUGGGAUGAAGGGGCUUCAAGGAUCUCCCACCAUCGUCACUCCAAGUGUGGGGCGCCUGUGGUCCUGCAGAAGUUGCUAAAUGGCAAUCUUAGCAUCCAUCAUUUACUGAGUUGGGAGAUUGGAUAUCAGUUGCUUCACCAUCUUUCUUCUACUCAGUAGCUGUUCUCUAUCGGUCCAUUCAUUUAUCUGAUACUCAGAUAAAGAGUUUGGGCAAAGAGUGAGACUACCUAUUGAGUUAUCAUGGCCCCUGAAAGGCUUAGUCCUUUCUCUAUUUAUCUACUCCACAUUUACAUUUUGGGCAGUCCUAUGUCCUAUGAUAAUGGAUUCCAUGGACUAAUCUACCCAAUAUGGGUAUCUAAGUAAGAACCUCACUUUCCCACGAUAUUAUGUCUAUCCUAUGCAUCUGUUCAGACUUCUCUAUCAUGUUCAUCCUGUUUGUUUCCUUAAAACCAGCAAGAGGAUUGCCAUGCUAUCCACUUUGCCUUUUAUCUAAACUACCUCUCAUCCUUUCUGUAACAGAGAAAGCUUCAGACUUAUUCUCUGCCCCACUCCACCCCAAUAUAGAUGGAAGAUGAUAUAGGAGAUCUGUCUCAAACCAUGGUGUUCAAACAGUGUUUGGUGAUCAUGAACCCUCAUAGGCCUUUGUGCAUUCUCAUUGGAGGAUUCCACAAUGAUCAGUAAAGAAGAUAAGUGUCUCUGAGGCUAAAAUCCUUGAUCUUUGUAUAUGCUCUGGAAACCACAUUUGGUUGACGCAGAGAAACAAAUCAUAGUGGAUGGAUAAGUAUAGAUCCCUUUCAUCCCAUUUCUGCAUGUUCUCCAAACUCUGUUCUGCUCCUAAGCAGAUUUUUAGGAAAUAAGGCCAGGGAUUAAAUAAAGAAAAGUUUUAAAAAGUACUUGGUAACAGUCCAAAAGCUGAAUUACUCCUAUUUGUCAAAGCAGCUAGGAAGCAUUAAUCAUGCGUAUAUCAUAGGAGGGUUCUCCCAGCUGUGUUUGGUGAUGUCACCGAAAGGGAUGUGGCCCAAAAGAUCCAUGAGAAGCCCUGAUGACAUUGCAUGUGUGAUGUCAUUUGCCAUUCUUCUUCCCUGUGGAUGUUCAUGGCUGAUUUUUUGGGCUUGUUUUUGAAGGGGAAAGGUAAAGGUCAUUGUGGCAAACUCCUACUAUUCAUACUAAAAGCACCCCCACAUUUCCCCUUUUGGGAGGGCUUCAUGGUGUGAAAUGUCAAAAUUUGGCCAAAAAAUGGUUGAAUGUUGUAAAAAUUGCACAAGUACUUCCAAGUGAUGAACCCAGAGUAUCUAUAUUUCUAUACGGCAGGAAAAUUCAUGAAUUUUGGUAUGUUAAAAAAAUGCUAGCCUUCAUGAACUCACUCAUUUCAUAGGAACAAAUACAAAGGAGGAAAGGGGGUUUUUUGAGAAUCUCUAGCCAUUGCAAGAUUCCGAUAGUGAGAAAAUGCAACAUUUUGGCUAUAAGUCCCCUUGUGUUCAGCUCAGUCAUGUGCCUGUGUGGUACUUGUUCCUUUUUUGCCUGCAUUAGUGUUAAAAUCUGAUGCCCAAAAUGUUUGUGCCCGCCACGGCCAUAAUCAAUUGGUGCGAUAUCUUUUUUGUGAUUAUGGCGUGGGUACCUACAUUCACAGAGGUAACUGUCAACCAUCAGUUGAUAACCCUAACCCCAACCCAUUUUGCAGGACCAAAAUAGGCAGACAGCCAAAAUAAACAGAUGUAACCGAUUGGCAUACAAAAAAGGAACAAGAGUGGCCCGCCUUUCUGGAGCGGAGGAGGAAGCAUAAAAUUAAUGAUAAUGCACAAGUAUCAUUUCAGCUCUCCUUUUACGUUACAUAUGAUCUCACCAUGGUCAUCUCAGCCUUGGCUUUCAAGAAAUCAAAAUCUAAUCUCAGUAGACGUGGCUGGAUUAAAAUUAAAAAUUGGAAGAAGAGGGCACGUAUCUCACCCAACCCCUCCCUUUGUCUGCCUUUACUUGGAACAAAAAUUUAAUAUAAUUUAAUGAAGCAAAAUAAGUCAAAGGCUGAAGCUGCUGUCACUGAUAUCAUGAAUGCUCCAGAAUUUAGGUCAAAAGAGAAAGUUUGGACUUACGUGGAGUAGAUUCCUAGUGGUUUGAGCUCCUAAUUCUUCAUCCAAUUAAAAUGGAGAACACUUUAACAAUACAAGAGAUAUAUUGGCUGUCUUCUCCCCAAAAUUAUGGUUCCUUGGAUGCUUAUGUGGGGAAACGCUAUGUGUGAGAACACUCUAAUAUUUUUCUUGAUGGAAGGCUUUGGUGCUUUUAUGUAUUUUUUCAAUCUGUAUUUGGAGGAGCGCUA